UUUCGAUGCGAGUGUUGAAUCCCCGGUGUCGGAGCUAACAGCAGUAUGGCUCACUGGGAGUUUUGGACAAUCUGUUUUUGUGUGGUAAACCUUUAAGGAUGUUGUUGUCUGUCGGACGGUUCUAAUGUGGGCAUUUCUACUGCUUAACUGUUUCCAAAACUGCCCUUGAAAAAGAAGGGACAACAUCUUCUCAUCAUGUCCAAGAGCAAGAGCUCGGAGUCUGUUAAAGUGGUGGUUCGCUGUCGCCCUAUGAAUGAGAAAGAACGGGCUGCCAAGUUUGAAAAGGUGGUCUCUGUUGAUGUCAAAUUAGGCCAGAUAAUCGUCAGGAAUCUCAGGGAGGCUUCAGGUAGUGAGUUACCCAAAGUCUUUACCUUUGAUUCAGUCUACGACUGGAAUUCCAAACAAAUAGAUCUUUACGAUGAAACAUUUAGGCCUCUAGUGGAUUCUGUUCUUCGUGGCUUCAAUGGGACCAUCUUUGCCUAUGGACAGACUGGUACAGGAAAGACGUACACUAUGGAGGGGGUGAGAAAUGACCAAGAGAGGAGAGGUGUGAUCCCUAAUUCAUUUGAGCACAUAUUCACCCACAUUUCACGGUCCCACAAUCAGCAGUACCUGGUGAGAGCAUCAUAUCUGGAGAUAUAUCAAGAGGAGGUUAGAGAUUUACUCUCUAAGGACCAGUUGCGCCGUCUUGAGCUCAGGGAGAGGCCAGACACUGGUGUGAACGUCAAAGACCUCUCAUCAUUUGUCACCAAGAGUGUGUGGGAGAUAGAGCAAGUCAUGCAUAUAGGCAACCAGAAUCGAUCAGUGGGUGCUACUAACAUGAACGAACACAGCUCCCGCUCUCACGCCAUCUUCAUCAUCAAUGUUGAGUGCAGUGAGUUGGGUGUGGAUGGUGAGAACCAUAUCAGAGUAGGCAAACUGAAUCUUGUAGAUUUGGCUGGUAGUGAACGGCAGACCAAAACGGGUGCUCAGGGUGAGAGGCUUAAAGAAGCCACAAAGAUAAACUUGUCUCUGUCUGCUCUGGGUAACGUCAUAUCAGCUCUGGUGGAUGGCAAAAGCAGCCAUAUCCCCUACAGAGAUUCAAAACUCACUCGACUUCUGCAAGACUCUCUGGGGGGCAAUGCCCGUACUGUAAUGGUUGCCAACAUUGGCCCAGCAUCCUACAAUUUGGAAGAGACUUUGACAACCCUGCGUUACGCCAACAGGGCGAAGAAUAUCAAGAACAAACCACGAAUCAACGAGGAUCCCAAGGAUGCUGUGCUCCGAGAGUUUCAGGAGGAGAUCGCAAGGCUGAAGGCGCAGUUGCAAAAGCGCUCUGGAAAGAAGAAAAGAAGGCGACAGAGGAGGAGGGCCGGGGAAGGAAGUAGUGGGGACGAUCUGGGAGAAGGAGAGACAGAAGAUGAUGAUGAUGAUGAUGAUGAUGAAGAAGGAGAUGACAGAGGUAAUUAUUGGCGGGAGCAGCAGGAGAAGCUGGAGAAGGAAAGGAAGGCUAUAAUGGAGGAUCACAGCCUGGUCGCUGAGGAGAAAGCACGGCUGCUUAAGCAGAAGGAGAAGAAAAUGGAAGACUUGAGGAGAGAAAGGGAGGCUGGAGAGGAGCUUGCAGCCAAAGUUAAGACAAUGGAGAGUAAACUCCUUGUAGGGGGAAAGAACAUUGUUGACCAUACUAAUGAACAACAGCGAAUGCUCGAAAUGAAGCGGCAGGAAAUUGCAGAACAGAAACGAAGAGAGAGAGAGAUCCAGCAGCAGAUGGAGUGCCGUGAUGAGGAGACUCUCGAGCUGAAGGAGACUUACACAUCUCUGCAACAGGAGGUCGAUAUCAAAACCAAGAAGCUGAAAAAGCUAUUUGCCAAGCUGCAGGCAGUGAAGGCAGAAAUCCAUGACAUCCAGGAGGAACACAUCAACCAGAGACAGGAGCUGGAGCAGACCCAGAAUGAGCUGACCAGGGAUCUCAAGCUGAAGCAUCUGAUAAUAGAAAACUUCAUUCCUCUGAUGGAGAAGAACAAAACUGUGAACAGGGCUUUCUUUGAUGAAGAGGAUGAAUACUGGAAACUGAAGCCCAUUGCACGUAUGGAGGAUGAGCAUGAGAUGAUGACCAGACCUUUGUCUGCAGUUGGCUACACAAGACCUCUCAGUCACCAUGCUCGUAUGGCCAUGAGGAGGAAGCCACAGCGAUACAAAGGUGAAAAUAUCUUGAUGCUGGACAUGGACAUGCCAGCUCGGACCACUAAGAAUUAUCAAGAGCCGGUUAUUGCCCCAAAGGUCGCUGCCGCUCUGGAGGAUGCUCUUCGAGAGGAGGAUGACAUCCAGGUAGAUGCCUCUGGCUUCCACAGCAGCUGGGGACCAACUUCACCAUCCAGUGCCAGUGGCAGCCUGAAGAAGCCCAAGUCUGGUCGACCAAGAACGGGCAAGAAGUCGAGCACCCCAACGUCUCCAUUCAGUCCUUCCAGUCCAGGAUCAUCACUUUAUCCACAACCCCGGGGCCUGGUGCCUAAAUGACUGCUACCAACCUCACCACCAACCUCUCUUGUGCACCUUUCUAUCUUGGGACUCAACUUUGAAAGAUCAGAUUUUGUUUUGUUUAGUUUUUCAGAGUCAGGAUGGCACAACAACAGUAAUGCUGCUUUUUGGGGGUUUAAACUGAUCCUAACUGUUGUGCAUUUUCCACAUUCCUAGAUCCUGUAGAAGGGACACACAGAGACUUAUGUGUAUACUGUGCCACGCCCUGGUGCAGCACAGUGAUGCCAUGGCAAUGUGUGCUGCACUUUGGCAAGAAGUUAAGUCUUCUUUCAUACUAGGUGUUCUGCUACACAGGGCAGGUUAGCAAGUAUGGUAGAAUACAACGGGAACAACACUAUGAUUAACUUAAUCCUGUCUUCUGAGCAUGCUUAGUUCAUCACUGGGUCAGCAGCGAGAUGUUGAACACCGCUGUUACGUUUGUCUUUAUUAGGCUGGAAGCCAACAAUGUCUUACUAAUGUCACAUUCUUAAUGUCCAGGCGUGCACAUAACUGGUGCUCGUCUGUGCUAAAACUAAAUGAUGCGUUAGAGAGAACACAGAGGGAAGCACUUCUCAGGAGGCAGACUGAUAAUAUUGAUUUCGGCUGUGCAUCAUUUAUUUUUAGCACAGACGAGCACUAGUUAUGUGCACGCCUGUCAAUGUCGUUAAUUUUUGCAGAUCUGUGGUGUGGAUCAGUGGUCGGGCAAACGUAAACCAGGCACCGCUGCUCUUGUGGCAGACCAGCACCAGUACUUUACUCGUUCCUUUAAGUUCCUGAGACUGUCCCUUUUUUAAAAACUACUUCCUGUUAAAGCUCAGGUUUUGGGAGGAUAAAAUGCUGUCGCUAGCUAGUAAUAUAUGAAUUAGCAAUCUUAUCAACAUGCUUAGAUAAUCCCAUGAAGUAUUGAUUAGGAC